AUGAAGAUCGAACUGUGCUCGUUCAGCGGCUACAAAAUCUACCCCGGCCACGGAAAGCGACUCGUGAAGGUCGAUGGCAAGGUGUUUACCUUCAUGAACUCGAAAUGCGAGGCCUCCCAUCUGAUGCGGCGCAACCCGCGAAAGACCACCUGGACUGUGCUGUACCGACGAAAGCACAAGAAGGGCAUUGAGGUCGAGCAGGCGAAGAAGCGCACCCGCAGGACCACAAAGUUCCAGCGAGCCAUCGUCGGCGCGUCGCUGAAUGACAUCCUCGCCAAGCGGAACAUGAAGCCCGAAGUGCGCAAGGCCCAGCGAGAGCAGGCAAUCCGUGCCGCCAAGGAGAAGCAACGCGCCACCAAGACGGCGAAGAAGACCGUCGCCGCGCCCAAACCAGCCGCAAAGGGCAAAACCGCCCAGAAGGCCGCCAAGCCCGUGCAGACAAAGGCUCCUCGAGUGGGUGGAAAGCGAUAA